UUACAACGUGGCACCAGGACAAUAUCAACCGCUUAUAAGAGCUGUUAAUAAUAAUGAAAUAAUUAUGCAAAAUAUGAAAUGGGGAUUGGUUCCAUUUUGGACAAAGACAUCCCCGGAUUAUCCAAAUAUCAUUAAUUGUCGUGAUGACUCAUUACUUGAUGGUGGUAAAUCAAUGUUUACAUCGAUGAAGAAUUCUAAACAUUCUAUGAAUGGCUUAAAAAAAGGAAAUAAAAGAUUGCCAUAUUAUACCAAAAGAAUAGAUGGUGAAUUAAUGUUAUUUGCCGGACUUUAUGAUUGCGUAACAUUCGAGUCAUCGGAAGAAAAAGGAGAAACAGGAAAAGAAGAGUUAUACACUUUUACAAUAAUUACAACAAAAUCAUCAAAGCAAUUAUCAUUUCUUCAUGAUCGUAUGCCA